UUGUGGUGGGAGGGGGAGGCCGGCGCUCGCGCACUUGCCGUUGCCGUGGGCCGGGAGGCGGUUGGGGGCCGAAGCUAUGGGCAAAGCCGAGUUCCUCACCCCCAAGGCCAUCGCCAACCGCAUCAAGUCCAAGGGGCUGCAGAAGCUCAGGUGGUAUUGCCAGAUGUGCCAGAAGCAAUGCCGGGACGAGAAUGGUUUCAAAUGUCACUGCAUGUCCGAAUCCCACCAACGCCAGCUUCUGUUGGCAUCCGAGAACCCUCAGCAGUUCAUGGACUACUUCUCAGAGGAGUUUCGCACUGAAUUUCUUGAGCUUCUUCGAAGACGUUUUGGAACCAAGCGAGUACACAACAAUGUGAUCUACAAUGAAUAUAUCAGUCACCGAGAGCAUGUUCAUAUGAACUCAACAAUGUGGGAGACACUGACUGACUUCACCAAAUGGUUAGGCAGAGAAGGUCACUGCAAGGUGGAUGAAACUCCAAAGGGCUGGUACAUUCAGUACAUUGACCGAGAUCCCGAGACCAUUUGCAGACAGCAGGAGCUGGAGAAGAAGAAAAAGCAAGAGUUGGAUGAUCAGGAAAGAAACGCCAAGUUCAUCGAAGAACUGGUUAGGAGAGGAAAGGAGGGAAAAGAGGAGGAAGCUCCUGUUUUUACAGAAUUGAAGCGAGAAAACGAGGAAGAAAAAGUUACUUUCAAUUUAAACAAAGGACCAAGUACAUCAGCAGCAACGACUGCUCCUAAACCCGGGACCCUGCGACCCAGUGCGUUACAGGCAGCAGCUUCCGUGAAGCGAAAGGAGCCAAGCCACACGUCAGACACCAAAGAUAAAAAGAAGAAAUCUGCCUUGGACGAGAUUAUGGAGUUUGAAGAGCAGAAAAAGAGAAGUUUACGGAGAGAUUACUGGCUCCACACAGGAAUAGUCGUCAAAUUAAUAACCAAAAAACUUGGUGAAAAAUAUUACAAGAAAAAAGCAUUAAUAAAGGAAGUUCAGGAGAAGUACACGGCCGUUAUCAAAAUGAUUGAUUCCGGAGACAAAUUGAAGGUUGACCAGACUCACCUGGAGACGGUCAUACCAGUCCCAGGUAAGAAAGUUUUGGUGGUGAAUGGUGGUUACCGAGGACAUGAAGCCAUCCUGGACUGUAUAGAUGAAAAGAAAUAUUGUGCUACAAUCAUUAUAGACUCUGGCCCUCUGCAAGGGCGCAAAGUUGACAGUGUACAGUACGAAGACAUUUCUAAACUGGCUUAGGAGGGCGGCGUUAAGAGCAGGAAUCUUAACAUUGACGGUUCAAAGCAUCAUGUUGGUGUCGGCUGAUUUUUAAAGCAGCAACUCUACUGUGUCAGGGUUUUAAAUCACUUUUUAUUUUCGUAACUUCUGUAUGUACCGGUUUAAUUUUUUGUCUUCAAGGAAUAAAAUAAAAAUAAUCCUUAUUAGAUUGGGUGGCGGGGGGG